UGCGAAAGCCAGCUGAGUGAUAUGGAUAACAUGGAGCAGUGUGGACCAGUCACCAACAGAGGGCGGUGUUCUACAGCCCAUCACCACAUACUGGACCAACCAUCGGACUCCUCAUCGCCCCUUCUCUCAGAGGACCUGUGAUACACUGACCUCUCCAUCCAGAAACCAAUACAAUCGGAUAUAUACAUAUAUCAAAUAUACACAAACAUACCAAGGAAAAUAGCUCAAACACACAGAUGAAUGUCCAUCCACGUACAUCAGUAUGGAUACAGCCACACCAAGAUGAAUCUUCUCUAAGGGAUUUAUCCACUAGUCUGGACUGAGUUGUUGUAGGGCAGGGGUUAGGGUUGUGACCGGGACUCCACAGUGGUGUAGGGGAGAGGUAAGUGUCGGGACUGGGUGUAGAACAGGGGUUAGGGUUGGGACUGGGACUCCAGCGAGGAUGCUGUCUAUGGUGAUACUCGGUGUUUUCCUGUCCCUGCUCAUCCUGCUGACAGUGUGUGGUAACGUCCUGGUUUGUCUGGCCGUCUGCGCCACACGACGUCUCCGCUGCCUCACCAACUGUUUCAUCGUCUCCCUCGCCAUCACUGACCUGCUGCUUGGCAUGCUUGUCCUGCCUUUCUCCGCCCUCCUCCAGCUCAGCGAUUGGCCUCUGGGGCCGACCAUCUGCAACAUCUACAUCUCAUUGGAUGUUAUGUUAUGCACCGCCUCCAUCCUCACGCUAUUGGCCAUCAGCCUGGACCGCUACCUAGCCGUGACCGCGCCCCUGAGAUACUCCUCACUGGUGUUGCCGAGGCGAGUUGCCUUUGCUAUGGCGUUGGUGUGGGCGGUGUCGCUAGCCGUGUCAUUCCUGCCAAUCCACCUGGGAUGGAACACUGUGGACGGCAACGUGCAGAAUCGCGGCCAGGGGGACAACAUGACAGAGUGUAACUUUGAGCUGAACCCAUCGUACGCUGUUGUGGACUCCUCCUUAACCUUCUACCUCCCCUUGCUGAUCAUGUGCUGGACCUACCACCGUAUUCUUCGCAUCGCCCGGGCGCAGGCAAGGCGCAUCAUCCGCGCACGCCCCAGACUUAACAACAACAACAGCUCCUCGUCAGCCCCUCGUCAGCUGACCUCAGUAACAGCGGUGGCUCUACGGGAACACAAAGCCACAGUGACUCUAGCUGCAGUGAUCGGGGUGUUCGUGGUGUGCUGGCUGCCCUACUUCACCCUGUUUACCAUUAUGGGUCUGAAGAAGCAGAACUACCCCGCAGCCUACCCCGUGGUGCAGUGGCUGGGGUACAUCAACUCUGCUCUGAACCCUUUGCUCUAUGCUGCCCUAAACAGAGACUUUAGGUCCGCCUACGCCCGCCUGCUGCGCUGUGGUUACUUCGGAUACGGCAGGUGGAGGGGCCGGCCAUCAUCCCCCAACUCAUUCAUGACAGGUAAAAGGAACAAGGGAAAAGACAACACUCAGGUGGGGGGAAAGUAUGUGGAGGGGAGGUGGAUCUGCUGUGUGGACACACCUCUUCCUGCAGGGCGGGGCCAAGUGAGACAGGUAUGACGCUACAGGAAGUCAGCAGAGGAACGGCCACGCCGUCUCCUCAGCACAGCAACGGGGCCGCUGUCGCCAACGGCAA